CUCCCCAAUCCCCCUUCGAUAAUUUUCCCCAACAACCGACCCUUAAAAAAAGGAAAAAAAAAUAAUAAAAAUACGUAACAAUUAUUUGCCCGUAAAAAUCGCUCGAUGAAUUCCUCAAUGAAAGAUCUUCGAUUCUUGGGGCACGUUGUGAACGGUUCUUCAAGAAUCGCGACGUCAUUCGCAUUCUGAGCGAGUGAAAAAAAGAACCCGCGUCCACUUUCACGCGCCAUACCUCGUUCGGUAUAACUUCGCCUUUAACUUCGGAAUUUCCCUCGGAAGAGCGAUUCGGCCCUGAAGAAGACCCUGAAGAAGGCUCUAAAAUUCAAAGGAGCACCUUUGUUCGAAGGAAUACGCACUUAGAGGGGAAUUACGCGAGUUAAGUGAUACCUGCGUAGAUGGGUGACAUUGCUGAGAGGUCCUGAAGAGAAUAUCGCGUGUCUCGUGUAACCCAACAUCGCUCCGCGUGUCAUGUACUUGUUCUAUAUACUUGUGAACGGGCCUUAAGACUGCCACCUCCAGUGGGGACCGUAUCGCUUACAUUUCCUUCGACUUGGGCCUCGUGACUUCUGCAUUCGGUCGUGUGUUGUGGGCCUGAAAACCCCUGAAGAGCAGGUGCUCUUCAGUGUUCUCAUUCGCCGCAGGUCCGGCCUCGGGUGAACGUCGAGGGUCUCCUGUGUUGCAACGAUUAAUCCAUUUAAAUUCACACGUUAAAAACGGCGUUGAUAUCAAGAAAAAUCCACGGGAAUUCUCAACUGGAUAAAUAUCAAAAUAAAUAACAAAUCACGUACGGUAAAUUAUUAAUAAAAAUCGAAGGCCUCCUGUGUUGCAACGAUUAAUCCAUUUAAAUUCACACGUUAAAAACGGCGUUGAUAUCAAGCAAAAUUCACGAGAAUUUUCAACUGGAUAAAUAUCAAAGUAGAUAAUAAAUCACGUGCGAGGAAUUAUUAAUAUAAUAUAAAACCGGAGGUAAUAAGUGCCAAAGAUAUGACCAUAAGUUAAAGUGGAUUCAAUGCAUCGGAAAGUAACGAGUAGAUGAUAAAUAAAUGUUUGAAAAGGGUGAAGAGUGAGACGAAUUUGAUAAAUUUCGAUGAGUUGCGAAGGUUUUCGGGAACUCUCAAUUUUUCCCGGGUUUUCGGAAAAUUCUAAGCCAGCGUCAGGGUCGGGAUCCCGUAAAAAUGGUGUUUUUCGGGAGGAAGGACAAGGUGGAGGACCGUCAUCUGUUGGCCAGCAUGGACGCCAUGAAUGGCGCAAAAGUUCACCAGGUCGAUAACGCUGCAUUCGUGCACGUCCGCGAGAACCUGGAGGAACUCGGCAAGGUGGCCGACGACACGGACCUCCUCUUCCUGAAGGGCCUCCUCGACAGCCCUGUCGUCGCCUCCCUGGUCAAAGUCCAGGAACGCCUGGAGGAACCCCCAGCCUCCGUCGAGCCGAUUUGCCGUUCCGUCUGCGACAUCGUCGACGUGGUCUGCCACGACCUGCGGAACACUCGUCAGGAUCUUGCAAAGGAGCUGGUGAACUUGCUAAAGGGAUCCCACUUUAAGGCGCUUUUGGAGUCCCACGACGCGGUAGCCGAGAGAAGGGAGAAUCCUGAAAGAGCUGCUCCUAAAUCUGUGGCGAUGCCCUCGGACGAGAAGACGGAGGCCAUCAGGGUCGUCAGUCUUCGAAGGCACCCUGAAGAGCCCCUGGGUCUGACCGUCCAAGUGGACGAAGCAGGCAAUUUAAUAAUCGCCAGGAUCCUCGGAGGAAGCACUGCGGCUCGACAAGGACUCGUCAGGGUCGGAGAAGUGAUCCUGGAAGUGAACGGGAAGAGCGUCCGCGACCCUGAAGAGUUGCAAAUCGCAAUUCAAGAUGCCAAAGAAAAUUUAUCCCUGAAGCUUGCACCUGGGAUCUCGUCGGACGGGAACAGGCCUCUGAAGUCUACGUGCUACAUGAGGGCGCUGUUUGACUACGACCCUGCGGAGGACACGUUGCUUCCUUGUAAAGAGAUCGGACUGCCGUUCAUGAAAGGUGACUACCUUCAAAUCGUGGAUCAGGCUGACCCAAACUGGUGGCAAGCCAGGAAGGUCGAAGGAGAAGGUCUGGGUCCUCCAGGAUUGAUUCCGUCCUUGGAGCUGGAGGAGAGAAGGAAAGCCUUCGUCCCUCCUGAAGCCGACUUCGUGCACAAGAUCAGUAUAUGUGGCACGAGGAUAUCCAAGAAGAAGAAGCGGAAGAUGUACCAGUCCAAGUCGAACGGAGAAUUCGACGGUGCGGAACUUUUGCUUUAUGAGGAGGUCGCAAGAAUGCCGCCGUUUAGGCGUAAGACUCUGGCGUUGGUCGGUCCACGAGGAGUCGGCAGGAGGACCCUGAAGAACAGGUUGAUCAACAGCGACCCGGAGAGAUUUGGAACCAUCGUGCCUUACACUUCGCGGCCUCCUAGAGUACUUGAAGAGGACGGCAAGAGCUACUGGUUCACCGAUCGUGAAUCGAUGGAAGACGAUAUUCGAGAGCACCGUUACCUGGAGCACGGUGAACACGGUGGCCACUUGUACGGAACCAAACUGGACUCUGUCAGGGAGCUCAUCUCUGCUGGGAAAAUGUGCGUGCUGGACUGCAGCCCAGCAGCCUUGAAGAUCCUCCACAACAGUACCGAAUUCAAACCGUACGUGAUCUUCAUAGCCGCUCCCGGAAUGGAGCAGCUGAAGAGUCUGUACGACCUCGGGAGAUCCACAGGAGCGAGUAGCCGAAAUCUUACGUUUGACCGUCAGAGCUCCAUCAGAUUCAGCUCGAGAAGGGCCCGAACCCUGGAAUCCCUGGCAUCGUUAUAUGAGGAGGACGACUUGAAGAACACCCUGGAGGAGUCUGCAGCUCUACAGAGGGCCUACGAAAAAUACAUCGACCUGGUGAUCGUCAACGAGGACUUCGACCACACUUUCCGACAAGUCGUGGCGGCUUUGGACGCUCUAGCUACGGAACAUCAAUGGGUCCCUGUCAGUUGGAUAUACUAAAAUGAUACAGAAGACCUGAGAAAUUAAUAACAGGAGUGAAACGUGGUGAGACAUAAAAAAAUAAUGAUAAAGAUGUGCAAGAAACAAGUCUUCUUCAGGGCAGACAUCGUUGACGAAGAAGAGCUGAUACUGUGACUAAUGAUCUAAUUGCGAUUAAGAGACGAGAGAAUUUGAUUACGUGUCGUUUUAGCUGCAAGUACAAGAAUUAGAUUUUAGUUGAUUAGACGUAUUAAUUUCUGGCCAGCCGGUCGACAUUGUUGAAACAAUUCCAUCAUCGACUGGAGGAUGUCACAAAUCGACGGGCUGACCGAAAACAUUAAACCGCCGUCCAACUACCUUUAAGAUAGUUUGUAUUUUCGUUGUAUGUUCUACCGUUAAGCCCGUUUAAAAAUUAAUUCCCCGUUGUUCGGUUGAUUUCCCGGAAAGCGAUCGUCUAAUUUCGCGCGCUCAAUUUCGGAUCUCCUCGAUCGGCCCUAAAAAGAUAUUCCUGGCACUGAGUGCCUUAACAAUGCGAGUGUUCCUUGAGAAGGGCGUUUCGUGAACCGAAGACCUACGCUAACGAAGUAGUUAAGGGAAGAAUAGAUUUGUUAUUUACGUACACGUAUUUUCUACGACCGCAGGACUGUACCGAGAGGAACGGGGAGAGUUUUGAGCCGAAAACAAUUGCAACCACUGUGCAUCUGCCCCAAAAAGAAUCCCCCCUUCGCGAUGCAGGGGACGAAUAAAGAUUUGUUAAACAUU